GCGCAGUUUUUGUUGUCAGAAUCAGAGUUGUGUCGCCUGCUGGAUUCAUCAGCUUUUGACCAAAAUCAACCAUUGGAAUUAUGGAGUAAAAACUAAAUUGAGGACCUAUGGUUGAAAAUGUUCUUGCUUAAGUAAUAGUUGUAGCUUUAUGUCUUAACCUUUCAUUUGUGGAGUGAAUUUUUUGUGUGCAAAACUGUUUUACUUUGGGCGGUAUGGGACGCCAUCAACGCAAGUGUGUAGUUCAGGGCUGUCAUAGAGACAAAGACAUUGCUAUAAAGACUUUCUGUAUACCAAAAAUUCGAAAAAACGACGAAGCAAUUACUACCCGAAGGCAAAAUUUAUGGUUAAGGCGUCUCAAAUUGUCUGGUAAAAAGCAAUCAAUUCACGACAUGAGGGUGUGUGAAGCUCACUUCCUAUCAGGAAAGCCAUCAUAUUACUUGGAUGAAAAAAAUCCUGACUGGGCACCAUCACAAAAUAUUGGUUCUAUAAAUUUUGUUUCCAAGUGUGCAUAUGAGCGUUACAAGAGAAGAAAGAAAAUUGAGAUAAUGAGAGCUGAAACGACAGAGUGGUUACUAAAAGGAAAGGUCAUCCGUCAGAUUAGUCACAAACCCUCAGCUGUCUCUAGUUCCAGCACACAUGCAUCUUUGCACAAAAAUGCAUUUUCGUCAAAAGAAAUAGAAGUUGUGAAAAAGAAGAUUAACCAUCAGAUGCCUGGAGUGUUUAAAAAACAAGAGAAGUUACCAGAAGUCCACAAGGAAGAUCAGUUGGAUAUAUUAUGGAUGCAUAAGCCUAUUGAAAAUUCUUCUCAAGUGUGUGUUGGAGAAAUUGUCCAACUUGGGGAAACUUAUCCUUCCAGUGCAGCUCAGUGGUUAAAGUCAAUAAAUGGCAAAGAACCAGGAGCACCAGGGAAAAGCGUUGAAAAUGAAAAAAAUGGAGGGAAUCCAGAACAGAUGGUGAGGAAUAACCGAAUCUUUUUUAUCUCAAGUAAUACAACGCAUGAUCACGACUAUUGCGCCAAGCCAAUUUGUAUAAGUGAUUCUCCACAAAGUUACCUGGAGCGUAGAUGUUCUCCUAUUGAUCACGAUUACUGUCGGACGCUUUCACCGCAUGGCUCUCCCUCUGUGGUUGAAAACGAUUCAAACUCGCGUCAUAUUCCAUCUCAGACAGACGGGUCCAAUCAAAAUUCUCAGGAUGUGGCCAAUAUCGUCGAUGAUAAAAUAGUUGGUCUAGAAAGCGGUUUAGAAUCCCACUCUACAGUUGACAUUUUCUGUGAAUUCAUUCUCCCCGAUAUCGCGAUAGACGACAAUGAUUCUAUUUGCAAUCGCUGCUCGGAAGACGUAUCCCAUCUUCAAUUAGUACUCGAACAAAAAUCUACCAUUUUGGAGGAUCGUCUAAAGGAUUUGGAUUCUGUAAAGCAAGAGCUCGAACGGGCAAAAGAAUGCAUAAAUAACCUGAGAUCACAAUUGGAAGAGAAUACUAAUACUUUAUGCACAUACUUUUCAGUAGAUGCAAAACCAUCGUGAAACAUCUCGCAAGAAAUUUCUCAACGAUUCUGUAAAUACCAGAAUCGGUUUUUUCGAGAUCUCUCAGUAUGCGUGAAACUGCCCCGUAAAAUUUCGUUUUCUUCAUAAUUGCUGUUACAAUACCCUCUUACCUUUUCAGUUAAAUGGCUGUUCCUUUCCCUUUUCUUUAUUUUGCCUUUUAAAAUAAGGUACUAUAUUGAAAGGGGACUAGCUUUAGUUUGUUUUCAAGUUAAUUAAUAAAUAUUUGGUUAACGGCA